UGGGGCGUUCCGCGCGCCCUUCAUUGAAGCGGCGGUGGCCGGGCUGGGCGCCGGGAGUGGGAAGCGACGGCGCGGCUGGAAAAUGCCGGUCCAUUCCCGAGGGGAUAAGAAAGAGACGAACCACCACGAUGAGAUGGAGGUGGACUACGCCGAAAACGAGGGGAGCAGCUCCGAGGACGAGGACACUGAGCGCUCGUCGGUCUCUGAGGAUGGAGAUAGCUCAGAAAUGGAUGACGAAGUCUGUGAAAGAAGAAGAAUGGAAUGUUUAGAUGAAAUGUCCAAUCUUGAAAAACAGUUUACAGAUCUCAAAGAUCAACUUUAUAAAGAACGAUUAAGUCAGGUGGAUGCAAAACUGCAAGAAGUCAUAGCUGGAAAAGCACCAGAAUAUUUGGAACCACUGGCAACUUUGCAAGAAAAUAUGCAAAUUCGUACAAAGGUAGCAGGAAUCUAUAGAGAGCUCUGCUUAGAAUCUGUAAAGAACAAAUAUGAAUGUGAAAUUCAAGCUUCUCGUCAGCAUUGUGAGAGUGAAAAGCUUUUGUUAUACGAUACAGUCCAGAGUAAGCUGGAGGAGAAGAUAAGAAGGCUUGAGGAGGACAGGCACAGCAUUGACAUUACUUCAGAGUUGUGGAAUGAUGAACUUCAGUCAAGAAAAAAGAGAAAGGAUCCUUUCAGUCCUGACAAAAAGAAGCCAGUUGUUGUCUCAGGUCCAUAUAUAGUUUAUAUGCUACAAGAUCUUGAUAUUCUUGAAGACUGGACAACAAUUAGGAAGGCAAUGGCUACACUGGGUCCACACAGAGUGAAAACAGAACCACCUGUGAAACUGGAAAAACAUCUGCACAGUGCUAGAUCUGAAGAGGGAAGACUAUAUUAUGAUGGUGAAUGGUACAUACGUGGACAGACAAUAUGUAUUGAUAAAAAAGAUGAAUGUCCUACGAGUGCCGUAAUUACAACAAUUAACCAUGAUGAAGUUUGGUUUAAGAGGCCUGAUGGAAGCAAAUCUAAGCUUUACAUUUCCCAACUACAGAAAGGAAAAUAUUCAAUUAAACAUUCGUAAUCAUGAUUUAAGUGUUAUCUAAAUYUACCUUAUUAGUGUUACCAAGUGUGAUUUGCCAAGGGAGUAAAAAACUGUAUUCAAUAAUUUAAUAUUCUCAUCAAAUCCUGAGAGAAUGUGUAUUUGUAGGUAGUACUCUAAGUAGAUCUCCUAUUGAUAUGUUAUUAAAAGAAAUACUAAUAACAAUUUAAUCAUGAUCAGUACAUUUAUAUUAUGUACAAUGACCAAUAAGUGUAUAUGGUAGGGAUUUCUUUUUAAUAAUUUUUUGUUUUUAAAAAAAUUAUGCAAAUCUGCCUCAUCUUUAGUGAACUAUGGCUACAUUUAUCUGCAGUUUUAAAAUUUUCCAUAUCUUUGUCACUCAUCAUGUUUGUAAAUAAGACUGAUAAAAUGUUUCCUAUGAAUGGUUUGUACCAGUACAUUAGUGUGAAAUCAGAAUUGAAAUUUAAACAUAUAUUGUGAGUAUGUAUAUAUGGCAUCAUCAGCUUAUUUAGAACUGAUGGCCUUACCUUACAAUCUUGUUUUACCCAAAAUUAAACUAUUGGGUUUGAAAGCUAAAAGGAGCACUUUUGUAGAAUAGCUUUCCUUUUCCUCUUCCUUGAUUGUAUGGUGGUGACCUUUUUUAAUGAAUUAUACUUAAUGUUAAUUAGUAAAAUUAGUGUCAAGUGAUAACAUGUUUCUACCUGUAUUUCUUGUGACCCUUUUGAGGGCAGGUGUUCAUGCCUGGUAUUUAUGAUGCAGUAUGUUAGUGGUGAAUAGUAACUGACAGUAUU